UAACCUAAAAUAAAGGGGAGGGGGAGGGGAAAGCAGCAUAAAGCUAUGGCUUAUAACCAUAUGUUCCUUCUCUCUUCCUUGGUAGUUUUAGCAGCCCUGCAUGGAAUCCAUGCAGUUGAAUAUGUUGUCACCAACAAUGCGGAAAACAGCACAGGCGGUGUCCGAUUCAACAAUGAUAUUGGAAUUGAAUACAGCAGGCAGACACUAGUAUCUGCCACUGAGUUCAUAUGGAGGCUCUUCCAACAGAACACUCCUGCAGACAGAAAAGAUGUGCAGAGAGUAACUCUGAUAAUUGAAAACACGGAUGGAAUCGCAUAUGCUGAAAACGAUGAGAUUCACGUCAAUGCCAACUACAUCAAAGAAUACUCAGGUGAUCUGAAGGGGGAGUUCACUGGAGUGCUUUACCAUGAGAUGACACACAUUUGGCAGUGGAAUGGUAAUGGACAGACUCCUGGAGGACUAAUAGAAGGAAUUGCAGAUUUUGUGAGGUUAAAGGCUAACUACAUCCCCAGCCACUGGGUGCAACCUGGGCAAGGUGACCGCUGGGACCAGGGCUAUGAUGUGACUGCUCGGUUUCUGGAUUACUGCAACAGCCUUAGAAAUGGGUUUGUAGCAGAACUCAACAAGAAGAUGAGAAGUGGGUACAGUGCAGACUUCUUUGUGGAGCUUCUGAGGAACAACGUUGAUCAGCUCUGGACCGACUAUAAGGCCAAGUACGGAAACUAGCAAUCCAGCUGGGGACACUGCAGCUGAUUGAACUAAAUAAUUAAUAUGUGAUUAAUUGCUCUGAAUAAAUUACUGUUUAAUGAUUGAGAAGCCCUCAUAAA